AUGGGGAGGGUUCCCGUGCGUCUCAAGGAGGUGACGUACGCGCUGUCGCCGUUCGAGCAGAAGAUCAUGCCGGGGCUGUGGAAGGACAUGGGCAAGGAGUGGGUCAAGAAGAUCAAGAACAACUGGCUCGACGCCGCCACCUGCGUUGGACCCAUCGCAGGGACCUACUGGUACGUGCAGUGCUCAUUGAUCGUGGCACAGCAAGGCUUGUGGAGGUUGGUCCAAUCUGUACAAGUCUUUUAG